AAAGAUCCUACAGGGCAAUCUCUUAUUAUUGGUACCAGUAAUUAUAGUCGUAUGAAGAGUUCGUCCCAUCGUUUAAAUGAAGAAGAAAAGUUGCUAAGAGCAGAAGCGAUCAAAAGAGAAAAGGAAGCAGUUCAGAGAGCAUCAGAUGAACGCAAAUUAGCUAUGCAAGAGAUGGAAAAGAAACGCCUCAAGAACGAGAAACCAUCAGAUCUUGAAGAAGAAACAAAUGGACAGAGAAAGGUACUGCUAGAUCAUGCCAAAGUGCAACUUUGUGAACAAGAUGACGAAAUCAAGUAUUUAAACGAAUUGAUAUUGAACGCGAAAUGUCACGCUAUUCGAGAUUUACAAUUAAACGAAAAGCAAGAAAUUAAAGUAGAUGCUAAAAGUGAGCAAAGAAGAUUAGAUGAAAUGAUGGAAAUUGAUCGUGUAAAAGCUAUAGAAGAGCAAGAAAAACGUGAAAAGGAAAGAAAGGUUGAACUAUUGCGAGGUGCUCAAAUACUGCAAAAGCAAAUCGCAGAGAGAGAACAACAAGGGCUUUUAGAGAGUGAAUUAAAAGAUCAGGAGACAUCUGUUAUGCUGAAAUAUCUAGAAAAGUUACAAGAAGAAGAUUUAGAAAAUCUUCAUAAGAAGCGUAAAACUCAAAAGGAAUUGAUGAAAGAAGUUGCAAUUGCUAAUCAAGAUUUACAAAAUCAAAAAAUUGUUCAGAAAGAGCAAGAACGAUUAGCUGAGUUGAAAGUUAUGCAAUACUUGAAAGAGAGAGCGGAAAGAGAAGAAGCCUACCAAGCAGAACUUGAGAAACAACGUAUCGAAAAAGAAAAAGAAGUUGCGCGGCUGCGUGCUUUGCAAGAGCGUGCCAAGGACAAGCAAGCUGAACGCGAUGCAUUAAGAGCUAAGCGUAACCAAGAGGAAGCAGAAAGAGAAUGGAGGAGGAAAGAACUAGAAGAAGCUAGAAAGAAGGCAGAACAAGAAGAUAUAUUAAAACGUUCUAGAACCGAGCAAAUAACGAUGAAACAACGUAAUUUCGCUAUUCAAUCACAGAGAGAUAGAGCUGAAUUCGAUCGUGUUGUAAGGGCUCAACAAGAGGCAGUUCAGAAAGAACAAGAGGAGGUUGAAAAGAAAAUGAAGCAAAAGAAAGUUUAUUCCGAUAGCAUCCGCCAACAAAUAGUAGAGAAAGAACAAGAAAAACUUAACGAGCGAAGAUCCUUCUUCGGUGAAAGAGCGAAAUUAGAUGCAGAAGAUGAACAACGGAAACGCAUGAUUGAUGAAGCUAAGCAAAAGAAGUUAUCAGAAUUAAGACAAGCUGGUGUUCUGGAUAAAUAUUGUAUCGAGGUUGAGCGAAAAAUGAAGAAAAAUCCUCAAAAUAAGAUUUUUAAGUAA